AUGGGCCUUGCCUUGGUGGAAGACCUCGCCGCCAAAGGAUGGAACAUCACCGUCUUCGACUUUGAUCACAUCUCUGGCGCAAAAGUCGCAGAAAGACUCGGGCGUCAAGUCUCCUUCAUCAAGGGUAAUACCGCGAAGUAUGAAGAGCUAGGCUCAGCAUUUGUAGAGACGUGGAAGAAAAGGGGGAGCAUUGACUUUGUCUUUGCCAACGCGCCCGUGCAGGGAAUUGGCGAGCGCAGCAAAUUCUACGAACCAAAGGAAGAACUCGCUGAAGGGUUUCCUCCCAAGCCCAGCACCUUGACGUUGGAGGUCAACCUCCUCGGCGUCGUCUACACGGCGUACCUCGCCCUUCAUUUCUUCCGGAAGAAUCCAAAUAAAAGUGGAAAGCUGGUCAUGACGAGCAGUGCCUCAGCGUUGUACCCGAGCGGUUCGCUGGCAUUGUAUUCCGCCGCCAAGCAUGCGGUCGUCGGCCUUACUCGAUCGAUGGGUGCCGCUCUGGGCAAAGAACCCAUCACCGUCAACUGCAUCUGUCCCGGCCUCGUUCCUUCAGGCCUCCUUCCCGAAGCAUUCACCAACGCGCUGCAAGCGGAUAUGAUAACCCCGACGUCAACGAUAGUCAAGGCAAUAAACAACUUCCUGGCGGACGACUCACUCACUGGUCAGGUAGCGGAAUGCAGCGGACAGGACGUCAUCUACCGUCCUUCUUACGAGCCCGAGAACGAGGCAGCGAGGUAUAUGUUGGCGCUUCAAGACGGGAAGGUUGCCGCGAAGAUUGAUCUCGCGGAGAUGGGGAGACAUGCAAAGGUGAAGAAGGAGUUUUACGAUAGGAUGGAAGACUCCGCAGCAUGA